AGAAGCUAUCCUCGUCGAAAACCACACGGUCGUAUGUGCUACAUAUAUAGAUCAGCACAGGCACGACCACGGACACACCUCACUGGUCCAUCUUUUGUCUGAUAAGACUGCCCCAUGCUCUGAACUGCUCCAGUUGCUAUGUGAGCAACCUGCAUUUCUUGAAGAUAGCCUUGUGAGAGAUGCCGACGGUAGUCAUCACGCUGGACCUGUCAUGCGGCCGCUGCAGAAGCAAGAUCCAGAAGAUCCUCUGCUGCAUCCAAGAGCGUUGCGGAUUCGUCUUCGAGAAGGUGGUGUACGAGAAAGAGAAGGUGGUCGUCACCGGGCCCUUCGACGCCAUCCAGCUCUGCUGCAAGCUCCGGUGCAAGGCCGGCUGUUUCGUGACCAAAAUCGAGAUCGUGCCACCGCCGCCGAAGCGACCACCACCACCGCCACCGCCAUCGCCUCCGCCACCACCGCCACCGCCACCGCCGCCGCCCAUUGAUGAUACCGACAAGUGCAAGAAGAAACCCAAAAAAAAGCCCGACCCCGCCCCAUGCGAUAAGCUGGUCCCUUACCCAUAUCCGUAUCCGUACCCGUGCCCUUACCCAUACCAGCAGCCGGCGUGUCCGUCCAGCUGCCCUACGCCGCCGCGCCCCUGCUGCCAAUGCCGCUCCUGCAAGCCGGCGCCGCCACCAUGCCCACCGCCUCGGCCGGUCUGUCCGCCCCAACCGGUGUGCUGUCCGUUGCCUCCGCCGCCAUGCCCGUGCCCGCCCUGGACGCCUUGCCAGUGCCGCGGCAACAAGCGGGACUUCUGCUUCGAGGAUGCCCAACCCGACGGCCCCUGCGCUGUCAUGUGAUGCUGCUGCUGCGGGCUGGCGGCCGGGCGGCUUUGCUUGCUUCAACCUGACGAUGAUGCAUGACGUCUACGCACAUCUCUGUGAAUUUUUCCGGCCUGUAGUAAGACCAAGCAAUGCAAUCUGUUGUAUGUACUCAUACGUUUUCAUGCUCCGAUUAUUCACGGCUGCUUCUGGAAUCAUGAGCUGCAAAAGCGAAUACUGUACAUGCUUGAUUAUGUGUGUUACAGUAUGUAUACAGUUGCUGUACUUGAAAAAGAAUAAGGAUGAAAAAGCAAUCUUUUAAUUUUGGUUU